AUGACCGCCGCCGCGGCGCUCGUUCUGGCCGUGGCCGUGGCCGCCGCGCUCCUCGCGGGCGCGGCGGAGGCGUCCAGGCCCAAGUGGAACUUGACGAAGAAGGGGACGACCGUCACCUACGACAAGUACUCCCUCAUGAUCGACGGCAGGCGGGAGCUCUUCUUCUCCGGCGCCAUCCACUACCCGCGCAGCCCCACGCAGAUGUGGCCCAAGCUGCUCAAGACCGCCAAGGAAGGCGGCCUCAACACCAUCGAGACCUACGUCUUCUGGAACGCCCACGAGCCCGAGCCCGGCAAGUUCAAUUUCGAAGGCAGGAACGACAUGAUCAAGUUCCUCAAGCUGAUCCAGAGCUUCGGCAUGUACGCCAUCGUGCGCAUCGGCCCAUUCAUCCAGGGAGAAUGGAAUCACGGUGCAUUGCCCUAUUGGCUCAGGGAGAUUCCACACAUAAUAUUCCGCGCCAACAACGAGCCUUACAAGAGAGAAAUGGAGAAGUUUGUGAGAUUCAUAGUGCAAAUGUUGAAGGAUGAGAAUUUGUUCGCAUCUCAAGGAGGGAACAUUAUUCUAGCCCAGAUCGAGAAUGAGUACGGAAAUAUUAAAAAGGAUCAUAUAACUGAAGGUGACAAGUACCUUGAAUGGGCUGCUGAAAUGGCCAUUAGCACCAACAUUGGAGUCCCAUGGAUAAUGUGCAAGCAAUCUACGGCUCCUGGUGUAGUGAUUCCUACCUGCAACGGAAGGCACUGUGGGGACACAUGGAUAAUGAAAGACGAAAAUAAACCCCACCUUUGGACUGAGAACUGGACUGCACAGUUCAGAGCAUUUGGUAAUGAUUUAGCUCAGCGUUCAGCAGAGGACAUUGCAUAUUCCGUGUUACGUUUUUUUGCCAAGGGUGGGACAUUGGUAAAUUACUACAUGUAUUAUGGUGGAACAAAUUUUGGAAGGACGGGUGCUUCCUAUGUGUUGACUGGAUAUUACGAUGAAGGUCCCAUUGAUGAAUACGGUAUGCCGAAGGCGCCCAAAUAUGGGCAUCUCAGGGACCUGCACAAUGUAAUCAAGUCAUACAGCAGGGCUUUCCUUGAGGGGAAACAAUCAUUCGAGCUAUUGGGUCAGGGGUAUGAGGCACGCAACUUCGAGAUUCCUGAGGAAAAGCUAUGCUUGGCUUUCAUCUCCAACAACAAUACAGGGGAGGACGGAACUGUGAUUUUCCGAGGGGACAAGUACUACAUUCCGAGCCGCUCAGUUUCCAUCCUUGCAGACUGCAAGCAUGUGGUGUACAACACAAAGAGAGUGUUUGUUCAACAUAGUGAAAGGUCAUUCCAUAAAGCCGAAAAGGCGACCAAGAACAAUGUUUGGGAGAUGUUCUCAGAGUUGAUUCCGAGGUAUAAACAAACUACUAUCAGGAACAAGGAACCCUUGGAGCAGUAUAACCAGACCAAAGACCAAAGUGACUAUUUGUGGUACACCACAAGUUUUCGCUUGGAGGCAGAUGAUUUGCCCAUCAGGGGUGACAUCCGGCCUGUGAUUGCGGUCAAAAGCACUGCACAUGCAAUGGUAGGAUUUGUCAAUGAUGCCUUUGCAGGGAAUGGUCAUGGAAGCAAGAAAGAGAAGUUUUUCACGUUUGAAACACCCAUUAGUCUAAGAUUAGGUGUCAACCAUCUCGCGCUGCUGUCAUCAUCCAUGGGAAUGAAGGACAGUGGUGGUGAACUCGUUGAACUAAAGGGUGGCAUUCAGGAUUGCACAAUACAGGGACUCAACACGGGAACCUUAGAUUUGCAAAUCAAUGGCUGGGGCCAUAAGGCCAAAUUGGAGGGUGAGGUGAAGGAGAUUUACACGGAGAAAGGCAUGGGCGCUGUUAAGUGGGUACCGGCCGUGAGUGGACAGGCUGUCACCUGGUACAAGAGAUACUUUGACGAGCCAGACGGGGAUGAUCCUGUUGUCCUUGACAUGACUUCUAUGUGCAAGGGUAUGAUAUUCGUGAACGGCGAAGGCAUGGGUCGCUACUGGACGUCAUACAAAACUCCUGGCAAAGUCGCUUCCCAGGCAGUGUACCAUAUUCCACGGACAUUCUUGAAAUCCAAGAACAACCUAUUGGUUGUAUUUGAGGAGGAGCUUGGCAAGCCGGAAGGCAUACUCAUCCAGACAGUGAGGAGAGAUGACAUCUGCGUGUUCAUCUCGGAGCACAACCCUGCACAGAUAAAGCCAUGGGACGAGCAUGGAGGCCAGAUCAAGCUCAUAGCCGAAGACCACAACACUCGGGGAUUCUUGAACUGCCCCCCGAAGAAGAUCAUCCAGGAGGUAGUCUUUGCCAGCUUUGGCAACCCGGUGGGGUCAUGCGCCAACUUCACUGUAGGCACCUGCCACACUCCCAAUGCGAAGGAAAUCGUCGCAAAGGAAUGCCUCGGCAAGAAGGGGUGCGUGCUACCAGUGCUGCACACGUUUUACGGUGCGGACAUCAACUGCCCCACGACGACGGCCACACUGGCGGUGCAAGUGAGGUGCCACAAAAAGGGCGAUCCAGAAUAA